GCACUUAUCACAUAGCAAAUAUAUGUAUAUAAAUAUUAUAUUAUAUAAAUUAUCGUGCCUCCAAUUCAUCGUUUCGUAGGAGUGAAUAUAUUAAAAACUCGCGCCUUGCGGAAGUCGAAGGUGACGAAAAAGUCUGUGUUUUAAAUUUCUAAUCAAAUUUCUACCGGUUUCUUAUAUUCAGACCUAUUAAUGAGUUAUACACAUACGAGUAUGUAUACCAGAUAUAUAUGUAUGUUUAUAUGUACAUCAACCAAUGUAUAUAGUAAAGUAGCUACGAAGAGCAUAACAAUAAUAAAGCGUCAAAUGUAGAUAAAAUGCUGAUAUGGCCUACAAGCUGUUGCACCAACUGAUAAGACGUCGGCAUCGUAAGAAAAAUGUGAGCUCGCUAACAACAACAAUAACAACAGCACCAUAUGAAUUAUUGUAGCAGAAAUGAGCGAGAUGUUUUAUGAAAAAUAUCAGUUGUUUUCAAGUCGCCGUCGUCGGCUGUGUGACAGCGGAAUAAAUACUAAAUAUUUUUAUAUAAAAACGCAGCGCUUACUGGGAUUCUUUAAUUAAUGCUGAUCUGCAUUAAAUGCUCGCAUAAAUAAUUUAUUCAAUUCGCUCAAUUAUACAAGCAAUCAGCACUCUUGUGCUUAAGUGAAAUUUGUUGUAGUGGUAAUCAAAACAAAAACCAUACAAAUAAAUAAACAACACAUCUACUAUAUUAUAUAUAACUAUAAUUGAACAAGUGCGGUGCAGCAAUCCGGUUCUAACAAAAAUGUCAGCAAGUGCGGAGAGCGCCAUCUCUAUGUCACAUUUGGAAAUUCACUCGGAGCAUAGACUUUACGCAAGGUUACGCGAGCUUUACGAUUUUUAUCGCAAUCAAUUUGGUGGUGAGCCGGAGUUCUUCGUUCGCAUGCCUGGACGCGUCAACAUAAUCGGCGAGCAUGUGGACUACUGUGGCUACCCAGUUUUACCGAUGGCUAUUGAUCAGUGUAUUCUUUUGGCGGUCGGACGUAGUGCGGAAAAUACAUUUCUACAACUGCGUAACGUGGAAACAAAGCGUUAUGAGAACUUCAAAUGCGAUUUGAGUGCACUCAGCAUUGAUUUGCCGCAAAAUGGUGGACCGAAAUGGUAUAAUUACUAUCUGUGCGGCGUAAAGGGCAUCUAUGAGCAAAUCCAACAAGCGAACAACGGUGAACUAAUGCGGCCCAUCGGCAUGAAUAUCGCGUUGAGCGGCAACAUACCGCCAGCUUCGGGUUUGAGCAGCUCCAGCGCCCUGGUCAGCGCCGCUGUGCUGGCCACGGCAUACGUGCACCAAUUGCCCUUGGAACGUAAACAAUUGGCCGCCAUAUCGGCACGCUGUGAACGCUAUAUUGGCACACAGGGCGGCGGCAUGGAUCAGGCCAUCGCCUACCUGGCCAAAGCUGGUUGCGCACAAUUCAUUGAAUUCCAUCCGGAGCUGAAUGCCACACCCAUACAGUUGCCGGCUGGCGUAUGCUUUAUUGUGGCCAACAGUCUGGCGGCAAAGAACAAAGCAGCCUCAUCGGAUUUCAAUGAACGCGUAGUGGAAUGCCGGCUGGCUGCGCGCAUAAUUGCCAAGCGCAUGAAGUUCAACAAUUGGCGUGGCAUAUUCCGCCUUGUGCAGUUGCAAGAGGCGUUGCAUUGCACGUUAGGCGAACUGGAAGAGCUAGUGUUGAAAUGGCUGCCAAAGGAUAUUUACAAACGCGAUGAGUUGUGUGCGUGCGAAUUGGAGGUCGACGCUGAGGAAUUCGAAAGGGAAUUUCUCACCGUCAAUACGCGGCACAUGACACAAUUCAAACUGAAACAACGCGCUCUGCAUGUCAUACAAGAGUCACUGCGUGUGGCGGAAUUUCGCGAAAUAUGCGAGCGCCAUCACACACAACCCCAAUACAUCUGCCAAGGCGUGAGCGUUAAGUCAAAUGGUGACGGUGUCAAUAAUGCCACAAAGCACUUUACGCUGCUGUCACAAUUGAUGCGUCAAUCACAUCAAAGCCUUAAAGAGCUCUACGAGUGUUCGCACACCGAUCUGGAUCGUUUGAUUGGCUUAUCCGAUGAGGCUGGUGUGGGCGCUAGGCUCACCGGUGCGGGUUGGGGUGGCUGCGUGGUCGCCUGCUGCGACUCUCUGGAAUCGUCUAAGCGUUACAUAGAAAUGCUUAAAGCGAAAUACUUUAAGUUGCUGCCGCAAGAUUUGCUCGAGCGGUAUGCCGUCAAUGAUUUCGAUGAUGUGGUGUUCGCGACUUUUCCAGGAAAUGGCGCAGAAAUCUUUCAACUCAACUUUGUGACUUGUUAAUUGACAAGAGCGUUGGUUUAUGUUGGAAAAAAUUGCCAAAAUCUUGCUAGUAAAAAUUGUAAAUUGUAAUGCUCCAUCUAAUAUAGGGUGACCAAUCAAAUGUUUAACGCUCUGUCAACAAAUCUUUAUUUCUCUUAUACAAGAAAUAACUAAAUGCAUUUUUUACGUAAGCAUAUUUAAACAGUAUUGAACUUAAUUGAAUAAAUAGAGUAUAAUGUUAAAAAAUUGGCAAAAAAUUCGAAAA